AUGGCCGUGGGCGGCGGCCGGCCCGGCGGAGGAGGCGGGUUGUGGCCGGGUGGUGGUGGACAACCGGUGGGCAGGGUCGGCGGCGGUGGCGAGCGGUGGAGGCGGACAGAAAGGAAGCGGAGGGGAGGGGUUCGAGCGGCGGUCCUCGCCGGCGGCGGCGCCGGCGAGGGGGAGGUCGGCCGCGGGGGCAGAUGGAGGCGGAUGGGAGGGAAGGGAGGGGGAGGGCGAGGGGAGGGGUUGGAGUGGAGGCCCUCGCCGGAGUCUGAGGCGACGCCGGCGAAGGGGAGGUUGGCCGCAGGGGGAGGGACGGUGGGGGCAGAUGGAGGCGGAGGCUGA